GGCUUCCGUCCCGCCGACGCCUGAUGACGUCACUUCCUGUCCGGGAGCGGAUUGGUUGAGGCUCAGGAGCGUGAGCCGUGGCGGCAGGGUUUCCCUCAGAAUAGCAGCUGAGGCUGCUUUAGGCGGAGGUGGCGGGGCUCUCUUUCUACAGUCUGGCCAUGGCUGCGAUUAAAGCCAUAAACUCCAAGGCUGAGGUGGCCCGGGCCCAGGCGGCCUUGUCAGUCAAUAUAUGCGCCGCCCGAGGGCUGCAGGAUGUUCUGCGGACCAACUUGGGUCCCAAGGGAACCAUGAAAAUGCUUGUUUCUGGUGCAGGAGACAUCAAACUCACCAAAGAUGGCAACGUACUGCUCCAUGAGAUGCAAAUUCAACACCCAACAGCUUCCUUGAUAGCAAAAGUAGCAACAGCCCAGGAUGACAUUACAGGAGAUGGUACUACUUCAAAUGUUCUAACUAUCGGAGAGUUACUAAAACAAGCUGAUCUUUACAUGUCUGAGGGCCUGCACCCUAGAAUAAUAGCUGAAGGAUUUGAAGUUGCAAAAGUAAAGGCACUUGAAGUUUUGGAACAAGUUAAAAUUAAAAAAGAGAUGAAAAGAGAAAUCCUCUUAGAUGUGGCUAGAACAUCUCUACAAACUAAAGUUCAUCCUCAGCUGGCUGAUAUGUUAACAGAGGCUGUGGUGGAUUCUGUUUUGGCUAUUAGAAGACCGGGUUAUCCUAUUGAUCUCUUCAUGGUGGAAAUCAUGGAGAUGAAGCAUAAAUCAGAAACAGAUAAAGUUCUUGCUCAGAAUUCUGGUUAUGACCUGCAGGAAACACUAGUAAAAGUUCAGGUUGAGCAUUCAGAAUCAAAACAACCUGUUGGCAUAGAUUUGAAUACAGGUGAGCCAAUGGUAGCAGCAGAUGCAGGAGUUUGGGAUAAUUAUUGUGUGAAAAAACAACUUCUUCACUCUUGCACAGCGAUUGCCACCAACAUUCUCCUGGUUGAUGAAAUUAUGCGAGCUGGUAUGUCUUCUCUCAAAGGGUGAUUGAGUUCAAAAUCAACUCUUCUAGAAGCUGAGACUUAGCAUAUCUUACAUCCAACUACCAUUAUAGAGCCUGAGCCAUUCUUAAUUUUUACACAAUAAAUGCAGUUUAUAUUUGGUGGUCUUAUAAGUCUUGAAAGUAUUUCAUCAAGGUAUAAAGAACACAAGAAAUACUUUCACAGUAAAUAAUAUUAAUGAAAAUAUUUUUCCCUCGAAGUUCUAACUCCCUACCCUUUAUUGUAUGUGUGAUAUUAUGAUAUAAUAAGAA